UGACACGAACUGCGUCCAAUCUAAACAGUUCCAAUUUGAAAAAGAUGCAGAAAUUCGUUAAGCGGGAGCUUCUGCUUUUCUGUACACGACAACAUAAACUGUGUAGACCGCGUUUCUCAAUGUAAACGUUGCACUUAGGCGUGGUGUAUCCUCGCUUUGUUCCACAUUUUGUGUACAUUAUAAUAACAUGUUUCGAAAAAAAUUUUGAGUCCCAAAUCAAAAGAUCCUUAAUCAAAUCAAGGGAAGUGAUUGUGAGUGUUGUAACCACUGUUAGGUUACCACCUCACGUAAUGGGGUUAAAACUGCUUUAAGUAGUAUAUUAGUUUGUGGCUUCCGUUUUUGUGGAAUCCAAAGAGUAUGAUGUCUAAAUCCUACUUUACAAUACUUAAACAAUGAAUAAAAAUGGAGAGUACCAUUUGGUCAUUUUGUGUCCCGAUUUAUCCCAUUAAUUUCAGUCAGUUGACCCGUUCUUUACUUCAAUAUGUUAGUUCGUCUGUUAACAAGUUCAUCCCUGACCUAAAAGGUAUCCUUGUGGAUUUUGACGCAAAAAGUUUACAAAUCAUAACUGAAGUUGAUUAUUCUGAUCGUUAUGUCCCUACUGGUUUCACUUGUGGUCUUUUCCUGAUUCAUCCAGAGUUAAACCAUCUUCGUGUACACGGGAAGAUAAAGGUCAAUAUUUUUCGUCCAUAUUUAGGUUUGGAAGUAGAUGCGAUUGUUUCAGUGGUUAGACCACAAUUUAUUCUUUGCCGUACAGAAAUUUCCAAUGUAAUGAUUAGUCUUCCACGUUUAUCUUCGGAGUCAGUAAAAAAAGAAGAAUUCAGCCAGUCCAUUUUAAAACCUUUUGACAAAAUAAGAGUUAAAUUGACUCAAAUUGAUAACAAUUUUGGCUCUCCAAUUUUACAAGGUGACUUUAUGGAGUGUCUUUCGAAACCCUUAUCAAAAUCUUCCGAGAAACAGCAUAAACACCAAACAAAUUCUGCUGGCACUGAUAUGAGUGAUAUAAAACCAGUAAUAAAAGUCUCUGAUGAUACUGAUAGUUAUCAGACUACUUCGUCAUUUCAUGAAAAUUCUUCUGAUCCAGUCACUUUUCCGACUAAUUCACCUAACCAUAAAACACCAAAAGUUAGGAAACCAAAGAUUCGGAAACUUGAAGAAUCAUUACAAGAAGUUGGAGUCCUCGAUAAUUGUAGUGCAAGUCUAUUAACUCAUGAUGAGUCGCCAGCUGGUUCAGUGAAGAGAUUACGAAAGGAGAACUCAUCCACUUCCAAAGUAUUAAAAAAGAAAGGUAAUUCAGAUUCAGAAGAGAUUAUCCCUGCUUUAUUAAAUGAUGCACUGUUAAAAUGUGGUAGAAAAUAUAGGUCAAACCAUAAUCUGUUAUCUUCUGUAACUGUAAAAGAGGAACCAACUUGAUCCAAUAAAUGUGCUGUAAACGCAUAUAUACUUAUUACUUUCCAUAUUUUUCAUUUAUAAUGUAUAAAUAAAUGAUUAUGUUUGGA